CCUAGGCACAGCCUUAAAAGGUAGUUCCAGCUCGGCUGUGUAGAACAGGGUGGUUUUAGUCAACUUUACCGCGGUUCCAGUGGGAACUAAUGAUUACUGAUAAUUAUUUACAUUUAAAGCUUUUUACAAAUCGGUUGCUAGCGACGCUCGCGAGUUUUAACCGUUUGUUGGAGAUUCAGGAAGUGAAGAGAUACUUGUUUCCGGCACCCACUUUCAGAAGUAGAGCUGCGUAGAUGACCCUGAAGUCUGACCAUGGCGUCCCACCCUCAGAUGUGCCCUGAUUUAGGUUCAGGACACAAGCAGUCGGUGAAGGCUCAGCUGUUAGCGUCUCAGCAGCUGCUGGUGGUGUCUCUGUAUAACGUCGCGCCGCUGUUAGACUGCGUCCUGGCUGCAGGUCUGCUGUCUCAGGAUAACUAUCACGAGGUGAAGGCAGAAAAGACACCACAGAAGAGUGCCCGCAAGCUGCUGGAGAUCGUUCAGGGUCAGAUGGACGAGUGCGGAGCCGCACGCUUCCUGGAGUGUCUGCGGGAAUGUAAGCAGCAUUACCCACGUCUGCGCACUUUGCUGUCUGCUGAAACCGAAAUCCAGCGUGGACCCACAGAGCGGAAACUGCAGGCUCAGUUUUCCUGCCUGUGCAGCCGCCUGGGUUUGUCCGUGCUGCCUGUAUCUCUGGCUCUGUUCUCCAGCAGCACCAUCACACAGUUCGAUCUGGAGCGGAUCCAGGCAGCACCGACCCCCACGCAGCAGAGCCACGUCCUGCUGAACAUCUGCCUUACCAAGGGAGAGUUAGCAUGCAAGAGCUUUUACACGGCGCUGUACGAAGCGGACCCUCUGCUCGCCGAGGACAUAAACAGCAGUAGUUUGUUAAAGAAACUGUCGUGGAACAGUGACGAGCUGAGCAAUGUUGGUAUGGCAGUAGAGGAAACACAAGACAUCGCAGCAGGACAUCUCCCCUACUCAGGAGUGCUCCAGAAGGUGAGAGCUCAUCUGGGUGUGGUUGUGGGAGACGAGGCCAGGCUGAACAUGUGUGAGCUGGGGGUUUCAGUGGGUCUGCCACGUCGCACAGUCAAAGAGUGUCUUCUAGAGGGGGUGAGCUUAGAGGAUGCGGCCCAGCUGGAGGCUCUGGUGGCUCUGUUCAUGGAAAAGACUCAGGAUGCAGACCGGCUGCUCAGCAGAGUGGCUGAAGUGGAGAUUAAAAGCGUGCAGCUCUCUGAGCGAGGAUGUUUGUCCCUGAGGCUCCUACAGGCUGCCGAUUCUCUUCUUCGCAGUGGGAGCUGCAGUAAAUGCCUCUCCCAGGAUUAUCUGCACGAUCAGGGUAACCUACACAGUGCUCACUGCGGUGAUGAUUGUACGUUGUGGAUCAUCUUUCGCUUCCUGGUGUGGGACUGCCUGGCCGAGGCCGUGGAAGAACCCAAGCUGAAGUCUAGCAGCGGCCUGCCUGUGAUGCUUCAGCAGCUGCAUAGCAGUGCUCGAGUGGAUGUGGAGCUCCUGCAGGAGCUGGAGCAGUGCUGGAGCGAUGGAGGAACCGAGAACCUGCUACAGAGCGUCAGGGUUCUGGCACAGAUUCUGAAAGACCUGCACUCACUACACACCGGUGUCCAUCUGUCAAGUCCUGUGGAGGGGUCAUAUUCCUGCUGGACUCGGCUUCACAGGGUCACAUCGUUUCAGGGCGUGUCAGUGCGGGCCAUUCGGAGAGUUCUGAACAGCGUGGUGGCAGCCUCGACACAGCAGGACGUGACCCCUCGAGCUCGACAGUACCGAGAGGUGUGCGUGUACGUGGCACGAUUGUUGGACACCGUGCAAGCGGAAAGGAGCGUCAGAGAUUUCGCAAAUUCCUCCAUUGCUCAAAUCACCCAGCAUAUUCGACUUGUUCUUUCCAGACCUGCUUUUGACUCUCAGGCCUUUGAUGCAGGAGUUUGGAACCGUUUAAUGUCUCUGACCGAGUUUAAUCCUGCACAGCUGGACCUGGGGCCCCUCCUGCAGCUGCACCAGGAGACUUUGUCUGAACUAAAGUGCUACCUUCAGCCAGAUGAAUGCCACAGUUUCCACUUUGUCAUGGAGUCCAUUCAGGUGCUUGGGUUGGCACGGUUGAUCUCUGUGAACAUCUCCAGAGGAGUAGUGGCAAUCGAUGAUGGUGUGGAGGAGGUCUUUUAUUUCAAAUUAUCCGAGCCGGGUUCCUUCCUGGUGCGCCUGCACUGCCGCGUUCAUGAGAAGAGCAAAGGGCGAUUCGAAGUUCGCAAACCUCGGUGCGUACGCAUUUCUCGGCUUAACGAGGACGGAUUACAGGCGAUGCCCAACUUGGGCGAGGUUUUAGUGCAGGACGAUGAUAAAAUGUGGGUAAGAGAAAGUGGGAGUGGAUGGUGGGAGGAAAUGCAGUGUGUAGCACUGAGAUAUUCUGUACAGCUCCAGGAAGAAGGCUGCUGUUUCGCCAUCACGACUUCAGACACGGAGUGUGAAGUUAAGUUCAUGUACAGACGCAGGAGGCUGUGGGCCACGCCACAUAGAGGAUGCGAGGUGAUCUGAGAACACACUUACAACCAGUUCCAUGCCCUGAUUAUACGCUCACACUGACCUAAUCAACGUUCCUGCAGGAGGUCAACCACACAUGCACAAACUGAGCCAACGCACACAGCUGCACAGAUGUUACGAGUUCUGGGUGUGUGGUGUGAUGAACAAAAAAAGAAUCUUCUGUGUUUGCAUGCUCGGAUAAUGUUUCCAUAUUUAUGAUGAAUGAAUGAAAAACAUUUUUUUUAGCCGAACAUCACACUCAAAAUUAUGUGUAGAGCAAAACCAAAUACUCACUUUUUUUAACCAAAUCAUUUCAAGUUUUUACAUUUUAGUAUUAUAACACACAGUAGAGUGAGUUGACAGGACAUGGCUAAGGGUUGAUUAUUGUUUUUAUAAAAUAAUUUUUUUUAUUACUGUUGUGAAUUUAAUGCAACUCAAAGGGAAAGUGAUUUCAUUACUGUUCCACUUACUGCCACUCUACAUUGUUACAACCGUACAAUAAAAUACAUUUUAUUUCUAA